AUGGAGGGCAUGGAAGACGACUGCGGCCACGAUGGAUAUAUCGACACCGUCCGUGGAAAGUUCGACGAGAACGUCGAGAAGGUCGAGAUUUGGGAGCAGGAUUUCGAAAGGAUAUGCCUCCUGUGUCCGUCGGUGCGAAUAGCCGAUUCCGCAUCGAUUAGCGAAGUCUACGACAUGUCGCUUGUAGCUGGCGCUCCGGGGAAGAGCUUGGCCUCUGGCGUAUUUUUCUCGACAGUUCACCGACUGAUCGCGACUGAUGGCCGUGUCUCCACCCGGGCUGGGUUCGAGAAGAUUUCUGGCGGCGCGCCAGAAGCCAGAGGCCCGGGAAAGGCACCCCUUCUCCCGUUUUACCGGCCCUAUCGCGGGCGCACAUGGCACAGCAGGGGUUCCUCACACAUGAAACGGACCAACGGGCUCCAGGCCAAGCUCAUUGUCUUCCUUGUGGACCGCAACCAGUACAUCCUUCAGCACGGAAAGGUCGCCUCGGGACGGUGCAGAAGCCUUCCGGAAGCCCGGAAAUAG